CAAAUUUGCUGGAUUUUGGUAAAAUUUUUUGUGAAUGUUGUUAAGAAACAUUUUUAACAUUUUUUUUCCACCGAAAAAUGUUCAAAGAUUUCCCAAAAAUGUUUAAAAUUUGGACAUCAGAAGUUUCACUGUGAAAAUAUAUUUUUUCUUCCACAUUUUCAAACUUUAAAACGGGUCAAGUUUGACCCACAGGACGACACGAGGAUUAAACUUAUUUUGAGUUUUCUUGUAAAAUUCAACUCAAAACAAGAUAAUUUCAAGAUUGUUUGCCUUAAGAUAUUUAAGAUCCAUUGUCUUAAAACAAGUCCCUCCAUCUGCUGAAAUGUCUCUUGUUAAGUGAAUUUAUCUUAAUUCAAGUGGGAUGAGACAUUUUGACUAAAAAUAAGACAAAUAGACUUGGUAAGAUUUGGAGUUUUUGCAGUGCUCCAGUCCAGUCCAGUGUGAUUAGCUCUCCUAAGGUUGCUCUUCCAAAAAUACAUCCCCAUUUGAUAUCAUGUCUGGUAUUUAGAAUACUACCAACACUUGAUCAUUCAGCAUGUUUAACAUCUUUUCUCUUGGCCCACUGCUUUCUUUACUGAGAGGUUUUCAACAACAAUUACCUAUUUUAAACUUCAGCUAUCCUCUUUUUCAGAGUUCCUAAUGUUUGAAUUUUAAUGUUUCGGGAAGCCGUUUUGCAGAGUGAUCAAUAUCACUUACAGCCUGUAGUAGGGAAACUGGUUUAUCUGAGGUAAAAAUAAGCAGAGUAAAGCAGAAACCAAUACCUUGACUGGAGUGAGAGGCCUUGUCUUGCAGCCAAGGCGGCGUUUAGAGAUGUGAAUGGAUCCAUCGGCCAGCACUGUCAUCAGUGCUAAGAAUACCUCGCACACCCGGCAUACACUCUAUCCUCCUGACAUGUGCUCUGGGGCAUAUUUAUCAUCACACUUAUAAAUGACCGGCUCAGUAUGAAUGGCUGCUGGAUGCUUGAAGUGGUAGAAGCCCACUGUAUUCUGUUACUGCAGUGGGCUCGGUUACUGUCGGUAGUUAGGGCUGUAUUUUUGGUUCUGUGACCUUAUUUAAAGUAUGUAGCUACUGUACUGUACUUUAUGUAACCACAAGUCAACUUUCUAUUCACUCAGUUGGAAUCAGAGUGGAUUAGACUCUAUCCAUUCUCUAUAUUGAGUUAAUGAAUAAUUAUGCAUAGAGAAGUUGCUAUUUUCUUGAUAACAUAAAAAAGCUGUCCAUUUCAAUCCACUCACUAGAGUCACUGAUAAAUUCAACACAUCCAGUGGCAUGUGGCUUCAUAGAAGUGAGGACAUCCUAGAAACCAGAACGUGUUCAGGCAAGUGGUGCAGUUAUUUAAAGACAGCGUAUAUUUACAUGCUGAGAAUAUACAAAUGCCCACUGGGCUACUGGAUGGGAAUAAAGUAAGAAAGACGCCACACAAGUUUAAAAUUCUUCCUAAGUAGGUCUUUUAAACAAUUUCCUGUCCUCAGUUCAGAUGAGGUGGCGUAGCUGUUGAGACAUAAGCUGCGUUCACAUGUCAUUCAGGACGCCGGUUAACUUUUAACUCUUGUCAGCCUUGAAGAUAGUGUGAAAGUUUGACAGCAACAAGAUCUCCCACAGCUGAAAAGAACCACUGAAGUGUUGCCAACGUAACUGCAAAGCCACCAUUGUUUGCAUUUACAACUAGAUAAAAAACAACAUUCAUACAUGUAAUCCAACUCAUUUAAAAUAAGAUACGUACACUGUUAGGAUCUGUUGUCAUUCAGUAAUUAACCGAUACAAAUACCUAACAUAGAAUAGUCACUGUUUGAGUCAGUUUUAUUGCAAUGAUUGCAACACUAGCAGCUUGGAAAAAUCCAUGAAAACUCUCCACAUGGAACAAGGGGAGCUUUUUCUUUUAUUGCCAACAUUGUGUGAAUUCAGCAUCACAGUCAAUUUACAUUUUUGGCAUUUUGCUCCUAUUUAAGGGUUGAAUAUUUGUGCAGAGUACAAGCAAGCCUGCAAAAACGAGUUAUUUAACAUCUUCAGUGGCUCUGAGGAAGCUUUAAAGUUCCUCUGUGGUCAUUGAUUCAACCCCUUAAAACUCACCUCUGUGUAUCAAAGUUACAUAUUCAGAUGUUUAUCCUUGAAAAUAAUCUCUUAAUGACUUGAAAUCAUGACUUGGAUGUCUUUUUCCUCCUUUACAAUAUGAAGUCUCCAGUCACCCUAGCACACCUAUGAUUCUGCUCAAACACCAUAAACCUUCUCCAUACCCUACACAAUGGCAAGUUAUAGUAUUGUGUUAACUCCAAAAAAAGGAUGCAGAAAGUCUCUUUGUGCACAAAAUUAGUUCCUUAGACUGGUGACAUAUGAAACCCUUGAAGUCUGAAUCUGUGCUUUUGAGAUAUCCAUUGGUCCACUGUAGUUUCAAGAUGAAAAUGCUCAGCGAUAGCGUUGGCUACUUAUUAUUUUUACUCAACAUGUGUAAUCUAACUUAUAAAACACCAGAUGGACAUGUUAACAAGGCAAAAAUAAUAAUAAUUUGAACUGACAAGGGUCUUUAAGGUUGAGAAAAUAACCCUCAGGAUGUUGUAGUUGGCCUUCAAGACUAGUUAAAGGGCUCAUUGCAAGCUGUUCAUGUGGACUUUGAAAAAUGUGGUCAGUUAAGGUAAAGAGUGUCUCCUUACCAGGAAAAGGGGAUAUUGAUCAUUUAUAAUAUGAGAAAUGCAGGAUUUAGCUCUUUUUUCAGACACCUAGAAGCCAGGAUAUCUUCUAUUGCUGGAAAUGCGGCCAUUCUUUCUAUUAUGUUUCUAACUUUAUAGUACAGUAGUAAAAUAGACUUCUGGGGAAUGCAUCGUACCUUCAAUAAUCCUUCAAGACUGAAACAAUCAUUGAAGGAUCAUCAUAAAGAGGCUUCUGAUUCGGAUUGAAAAUACUGAUUGCACGAUGUUCCGUCUGCAGCUUGCAUUUCCAACGUUCUGCAAUCAAGACUCGGGUGUCUUGUUGCUCUCUGGUACAUCUUUUCAUCACAUCCUGGCUUGCGUUGCCUCAGCUCGGUGUCCCUCUGAGGGGAGGGGUUGGUAACGAAGCGGGGAUGUGCGUCCCGCGGUCUGCCAGCAUCCCGUUCAGUCUAACGGCGCAUCGCGAUGUGUCACCGGCAGAUCCAUCCGAUGUGAACCAACCCGGGCUGCUCCGUUCUUGCACAUUUAUGUGUCAGUUCAGCCACUUGAAUCGGAGCCGUUUGCUGUUAGAAUGCGUCCUGGAGCGCGUCCUCCUCCUCCUGCGCCUCCUCGUCUUCUUCUGCUGCUCGAUGCUGUGCGGUUCUCGCUGUGUUUCGUACUUUUCCUGCACUGUGUCGAGGCUGCUGCUGCAUCUGAAGGCGCUGUUUACAAUGCUGGAGAGAACACACAGGAUUCACAGAGGAGCAUCCUGCAGCACGUCCAGAGUUACGAGAUUACUUAUCCCAUUUGGCUGCAUCCCCUCAGACACAAGAGGUCUGCCAACAAAGAGCACCCAGCAGAAGAACAGGUUCUAAUCUCAGCUGAGGGCCAGGAGCUCAGACUACAGCUGGAGAAAAAUGAGCAGCUGUUGGCCACUGGAUAUCAGGAAAUAUGGUACACGCCUGACGGAGUUCGCAAGUCCUCUUCUCGUGCCAAAACUGGACAGUGUUUCUACCAUGGCAAGGUUCUGGGCAUGGAAGGUUCCAGCGUUGCUGUCAGCACUUGUUCAGGACUCAGGGGACUGAUUUCUCUGAACACAAGCGUCAGCUACCUGAUAGAGCCUCUUCCUGCUUCCGCGGAUCCUCAGCGACAUGCUGUGUUCAGAGCCGAAAGCCUCCACCUACCCAGGGGUAGCUGCCUCCAUCACCAUGGCAACAACGAGCAUGAGGAUGAGCUGAAUGACUUCAUCCAUGGAAUGAUGUCACCGCGGAGCACGAGGGAGAAAAGGGAACUGAGUCAGAAUAUGAAGUAUGUGGAGCUUCUGAUAGUGGCAGACAAGGCUGAGUUUGAGAAGCAUGGCAGUGAUCUCGAGAAGACCAAACUGAAAUUACUAGAGGCAGCCAACUUAGUUGACAAGUACUACAAGGCUUUGAGUAUCCGCGUGGCGUUAAUCGGUCUGGAGGUUUGGACCAGCCAGGACAUGAUCAGCGUGUCUGAUAACCCACAUGGCACUCUGGCGGCAUUCCUGUCUUGGAGACGCAGACAGCUCCACGCUCUCCCCAACGACAACGCUCAGCUUAUCACGGGGAGGCCGUUCCAGGGCACCACAAUCGGGCUGGCACCUCUCAAAGCCAUGUGCUCCGACUACCAGUCUGGUGGAGUGAACACGGAUCACUCAGAGUCAGCAGUUGGUGUUGCCGCCACCAUGGCACAUGAGAUGGGCCACAAUUUCGGUAUGAGUCACGACAGUGCAGGCUGCUGCCAGGCGAGAGCUGAAGACGGAGGCUGUAUCAUGGCUGCUGCUACUGGGCAUCCAUUUCCACGAGUCUUUAAUGCUUGUAACAUGAAGGAGCUGAAGAGCUACCUGAGCUCUGGAGGAGGGAAGUGUCUCUUCAACUUGCCAAACACCAGAGCGAUGUAUGGAGGGCAGCGCUGUGGUAACGGCUACCUGGAGGAUGGAGAGGAAUGUGACUGUGGAGAAGAAGAGGAGUGCACCAGUCCCUGCUGCAACGCCAACAACUGCACCCUGAAAGCCGGAGCUGAGUGCGCCCAUGGAGUCUGCUGUCAGAACUGCAAGCUGAAGAGCCCAGGUGUGCUGUGCCGUGCUCCCUCGGGGCCGUGCGACCUGCCCGAGUACUGUGAUGGAAAGGCGGAGUCUUGUCCUGCUAAUUUUUAUCUGGUUGAUGGUACAUCGUGUGCAGGUGGGCAGGCGUACUGCUACACCGGCAUGUGUCUGACCCUGGAGCAGCAGUGCCGCUCGCUCUGGGGACGAGACGGUCGUCCGGCCCCUGACCUGUGCUUUAAGAAGGUGAACGAAGCCGGAGACAUGUACGGGAACUGUGGCAAAGAUCUGCAGGGCAAAUACAGGAGCUGCAAGGAGAGGGAUGCUAAAUGUGGCAAGAUCCAGUGCUCGGCUUCCGCCUCCAAGCCCAUCGAGAACAACGCUGUUCGCAUAGAAACCACAGUCAGUGUGGGCAGCAGGAAAGUCCAGUGUCUGGGGACUCAUGUGUACAAGCUUGGCCAAGGAGACGAGGAACCACAGAGUGACACCUUGGAUCCAGGCCUGGUUAUGACGGGGACAAAGUGUGGUGAAGACUUGAUUUGCUUUAAUGGAGAGUGCCGCAAUGCAUCUUUUCUCAGAGCCGACGAGUGCAACACCAAGUGCCACGGACAUGGACUGUGCAACAACAACCACAACUGCCACUGUGACUCAGGAUGGGCUCCUCCUCGGUGCGACCAGAAGGGGUCAGGAGGGAGCUUGGAUAGCGGACCUGUCAUCAGCCACAGCAGUCUCCUUCCAGUCCUGCUUGUUCUCCCUCUGGCUCUUUUUGUGGUUUUGGCUGCUGUUGGACUUUGGUGCUGCUACAAACACAAACUGCGCCCACUCAAAUCAUCUGCUCCACCACCGGUGCCAGACUGUUCAGUACCUAUUGAGGGGAAGCCUCUGUACACAGACGAUAAUGUCAACGGUCACACCAACCCAACAUUCUUGCUAAAGAAACAGGACUCAGACCAGCUGGGUAAACCUUCUCCACGCCCGAGCCCAUCUUGCCCAGCUCGGCCCAGACACGCUAUCGUACGUCCAGCAGUGAAGCCUCCUCCGAUACCAGCAUACGCCCAUAUCCAGCCUGCUGCUCCUCCUCAGAGAAAAUACUCUCCUCAGGAUUACACUCCUCCUCCUUUAAAGUCUGCACAGGCUUCUCCACCUCUUUCAGGACCUUCCAUGGAUCCCAAAAACCAGCCUUCAGCAAUACCCAAACACCGCCCAGAACCCCCAAACAGACCUCCACCGCCCUGUCCUGUCAACAGACCAUCAGGGGGACAGCAACAUGUAAAAGAUCUGCAGGUGACCACUAAUGCCCUGCCGAGAGGAAAAGCAGCUUUGGCUCCAUCUGCUGGACAGAAAAAGCCAAACAGAGCCUAAACUAAGAGCUCAGGGAGGCACUGGGGACCACCACUUACAUCCAACAAUGCACUGCCUCACACUUUCAGCAGCUACAAAAACGUGUCACUGUGGAAUAAGAUGAAUACUUGACACUGUAUUUACACUGAUGUGCAUUGUGGGGAAAAUUAUAUGGGUACAGCAAGUUACACAGCAGUCACAGUGAGCAUGUUUUAAGCCAAAGAUUUAGGCUUAGUCAGUGUUUUGUAAAUUAGCCCUACAUGUGUCACGCUUUAUUCACUUGAAACAGCCUGAGCUGUGAAUUUAAGUUGUUUCUUUUCUUAUUGUCUCAGAUGUUGAAAAUGUGAAAAUGUUCCAUGUGUGUCAGCAGUGUUGAAACACUGCUUCAGGAGUAUUUAUUCGCAAAGCAAAGAAAAAUGAAUGUUUACAGAGCAGCCUAUGUACCAAACACGGUGCCUCGUAAAGCGCAUCAGCUAUAAAGGAAUAUCUUAUAUUAAGAAAAGAUGCCAAUAGUGACGUUUCUUACGCUUCUUAUGUGUGAUUAAAAAAGGGAUAAUAAUGAGUUGGAACUGGAUUAGUGGUAACCGGUAAAAACCCUGCUUGCAUGCUGUAAGUAUACGCUUAAAGAAGAGAGAUACAUGUCUGAUGUGUAGCAGGAGAUGUGAAAGAUUGUUGCAGUUUAGAUUUUUUAUUUUCAUUAUUUUUUUUACUGUUGUAGUGUUGCACUUGUCAUUUAAUGGCCUGAUGGCAUUAAAAGUGGCUGUUAAAAAUCACAUUAUCUUACCACAAAGUACCAACUAGUGAAUAUCACCUUUUUAACUUGCGGGAGCUGAGGAUUAAAGUGACAACUAUCAUUUUUUUGACUUCUAUCAUGAUGAAAUUUUCUUUGUCUAAGGCAGAAUUUUAGAUAAUUUCAUGUUAAGAGCAGAAAUCAAACACAGUUUUGUUUAUGUAUCAGUUCAACAUCCCAAAAUUGUUCCAAAAAUUUAAAUAAUCCAUUAUGUCUUUUUUAAAUAUGUUACUAAAACUGAUCCCUCUGCACCAAACUUCCAUGAUGCUACUGUUCUAUCUGAGAAGGCCACGUUGAAUGACUGCAAGUUAUGUAAAAGUGAUCAAUUUGGCAUUACUUCUAAAUACUGCGGUCUGUUUGACUGCUUUGGGAACUGUGAUCUGUAAUAUGGAAUUGGUAAUAUGAGAAUACAGUGUGUCAGCUGCCAUGUUUUACCUUAUUAUCAGACCUAUGCAAACGCAGGGGCUGUGCAGCUCCGUGUCUCAAACUGGAAUUCAAAUGAACACAGUGAAAAAUAAAAAAGACUUUUUAACUGGU